CGCAUUACUGACCCGGAGCCCCGAGCUGUGGGCGAUGUGGCUGGAAGUGGGGGGCCUCCUGCGGGGGACCUGUGGACAGCUGGGCCGGACUGUUGGUCGGCCUUAUGGGGCCCUGGGGUCUGGGCCCCACUGGUGGGUAAGAUACUGGGGAGGGGUCUCCAAGGUGAAGAGCCCCAGGGAAUCGUCAGGGCCACGUACGGGUUCUUGGGCCCAAAAGCUUCAUCAGGGUGGGUCUGGCCGAGGCCUGAGUGAGGAGGAUAUUUGCAAGGCCCGGGAGGCCCGGCUCAGGAAGACACCUCGGCCCCAGCUGAGUGACCGCUCUCGAGAACGCAAGGUGCCUGCCUCCCGCAUCAGCCGCUUGGCUAACUUUGGGGGACUGGCUGUGGGCUUGGGGCUGGGAGCGCUGGCUGAGAUGGUCAAGAAGUCCCUGCCAGGAGGAUACCUGCCGUCAGAAGGCAGCUCCCAGCCCGGCUCCAGCCCUUUCUUGUCGGAGGCCAAUGCUGAGCGGAUUGUUCAGACCUUGUGUACAGUUCGGGGGGCCGCCCUCAAGAUUGGCCAACUGCUCAGCAUCCAGGACAACAGCUUCAUCAGCCCCCAGCUUCAGCACAUCUUCGAGCGGGUCCGCCAGAGCGCUGACUUCAUGCCCCGCUGGCAGAUGCUGAGAGUUCUCGAAGAGGAGCUCGGAAGGGACUGGCAGGCCAAGGUGGCCUCUUUGGAGGAGGUACCCUUUGCUGCCGCCUCAAUUGGGCAGGUGCACCAGGGAAUGCUGAGGGAUGGGACAGAGGUGGCCGUGAAGAUCCAGUACCCAGGCGUUGCCCAGAGCAUCCAGAGUGAUGUCCAGAACCUGCUGGCGGUGCUGAAGAUGAGCGUGGCUCUGCCCGAGGGCCUGUUUGCGGAGCAGAGCCUGCAGGCCUUGCAGCGGGAGCUGGCUUGGGAGUGUGACUACCGUCGGGAAGCAGCUUGUGCCCAGAACUUCAGGCAGCUAUUGGCAGAUGACCCGUUCUUCCGGGUGCCGGCAGUGAUUAAGGAUCUCUGCACUACACGGGUGCUGGGCAUGGAGCUGGCUGAAGGGGUCCCCCUGGACCAGUGCCAGAGCCUGAGCCAGGACAUCCGAAACCAGAUCUGCUUCCAGCUCCUGAGGCUGUGUCUGCGGGAGCUGUUUGAGUUUCGAUUCAUGCAAACGGACCCCAACUGGGCCAACUUCCUAUAUGAUGCCUCCAGCCACCAGGUGACCCUGCUGGACUUUGGUGCAAGCCGGGAAUUUGGGACUGAAUUCACAGACAAUUACAUUGAGGUAGUGAUGGCUGCAGCCAAUGGAGACAGAGACCGGGUCCUACAGAAAUCGCAGGACCUCAAGCUCCUCACAGGCUUUGAAACCAAGGCAUUCUCCGAUGCCCAUGUGGAGGCUGUGAUGAUCCUGGGAGAGCCCUUUGCCACCCAGGGCCCAUAUGACUUUGGGGCAGGUGACACUGCCCGCCGUGUGCAGGGCCUCAUGCCAGUGCUGCUGCAGCACCGGCUCCGCCCCCCACCUGAGGAGACCUACUCCCUGCACCGUAAGCUGGCAGGGGCUUUCCUGGCCUGUGCCCGCCUCCGUGCCCACAUCAACUGCCAGGACCUCUUCCAGGACACCUACCAACGCUACUGGGCCAGUCGCCAGUCUCAGCCACUGCCUGAAGCCUCCUGACCAGAGGGGAGGUCCGGUCAGACCACUCAGACAGCUUCCCUUUGGGGAAUCCAGCCAGUAGAGGGCCAUCCUCCCGAGAUGCCUCCUUCCCACUCUGCUCUAGUCUGGGGACCCCACCCAGACUUCCCAGUCUUGCCUGGCACCCUUCCCUGGGGACUGGGGAACCCUGGGGCUAGGGAACUCCCCAUUUUACACUCCCAUAUCCUGCUCUCCCCACCCCACAGUGGGCAUCUGGGAACUCUACUCCGGGGAUUUAUUUAUUUCUGCCAACAUUUGAGAGAGCUUCGGGCUCUCUGCAGGCCACAGUGGAGAUACAGAAUCAUUUAGAGGGGAGCUCUUCGCCUAUGCCUCAGGUCUCCCCCAGAUCAGGCCAAUGAGAGGGCAGGGGUGGUGGUUGGUGGAGGCAGCCUCCCUCACCCCUUCACCAGCUGCCUUCUCCCUUGUCCACCCUCUCUGUGUUAGGGAGGGGUUGGGGGUGUUUGAACCUUCAGUCCGAAUAAAAGCAACCCUCCCCUU